AUGCAAUUGCUGGGGCCGCCCUCCACACGUGCGGGGCUGCGGCGGGGCUUCCGCUUCCUCUCCUCGGCGGUCUCCGGGGCGGAAGAUGGCUGCUGCGGGAAGGUUACUGAAGCCCUGGGUAAGCGCGAGCCCGCGGUCGCCAGCUCUCUUUGCAGCGCGGGCACCGGCGGAAAGCAGCCUUUGGGGCUCGGCCGGCCCGUUGCCUUGCCCUGGCGGGCGUGCUGGGCUGCCGGGAAGCCCCUUCCAGCCGUUCCCGCGGCUGCCGGGAAGAAGUGCGAAGCCCACGCGGCGCCUCCUUUUCCUCGGCGGCAUUUCGGCACCGGUUCUUCAAGGUUUGUUCCUGCUGUCACCCAGCAUGCUCCCCAUUUUAAAGGCACAGCUGUGGUUAAUGGAGAGUUCAAAGAAAUGAGUUUAGAUGACUUCAAAGGGAAGUAUCUUGUCCUAUUCUUCUACCCUUUGGACUUCACCUUCGUCUGUCCAACAGAGAUUAUUGCUUUCAGUGACAAAGCUAAUGAAUUCCGUGAUGUGAAUUGUGAGGUUGUUGCUGUAUCAGUGGACUCUCACUUUUGUCACCUUGCCUGGAUAAAUACACCGCGAAAGACUGGUGGAUUGGGCCAUAUGAAUAUCUCUCUUCUAUCAGAUAUGACCAAGCAAAUUUCCCGAGAUUAUGGUGUGCUCUUGGAAGCAUCUGGUAUUGCACUAAGGGGGCUUUUCAUCAUUGACCCCAGUGGAAUUAUCAAGCAUUUGAGCAUCAAUGACCUCCCAGUUGGUCGCAGUGUAGAAGAAACGCUUCGCUUGGUGAAGGCGUUCCAGUAUGUAGAAACACAUGGAGAAGUCUGCCCAGCAAACUGGACACCCAACUCCCCUACGAUCAAGCCUAGCCCAGAAGCUUCAAAGGCAUAUUUUGAAAAAGUACAUCAGUAAGCCAAGGCAGGUUAGGGGUUAGUGGAAUAUUGUGGGCUUAAACCAGACAUUAUUUUUUUUA